AUGAAUGAUCGCUUUAUUUCAAUACCAGAAGCAAAACUUCAAUCAAUGUAUAAUCAUAUCUGGUCUUCAUUAGAACAAAUUUUAAUAGCUGUUCAAGCUGAUAUUUCAGUCGGAAAACAACAAAAUUCCUAUAAUGGAUUUUUCAUUUUAACAUAUGGAGCACUUUAUUUUAUAAAGGCAACAAUUUUCGGAAACACAGAAUUAGUAUAUGAAAUUCCAUUGCUUGAUUUGAGUCGCUGUGGAACAGAAGAAGGACAAUUAAAAUUAUAUCAUGAUACAACGAAAAUAUCUGUCAAGCAUCCUCAAGUAGAUGAAUUAUUAAGUAUGAUUAUUAGCAUAUUUCUAGAAGUCACUUAUAAAUUUAAGAAUCCUCCAAAACUUAGAGUCAGAUCUGGCCUUCCUCUUCAAAAUAUGAAGCCUAAGAAUAGGCCAAAUGAUUUAUUUUUCAAAAGAACGAUAGCUUUAGCACAUUUCUACAAAGAAAAAAGCGAAUUUAUAGAAAAUGCAACUUAUUUCAGGAAACAAGAAGAAAAUCUCAAAGAUCAAAUCAUCAUAACUCCUGAAUUACAAGUCGGCAACAUGUUUCAGACAUACGGAACUACAAUUGCUUAUGAAUCUAAAAUAAAUACGAUUUUAUUUCAGGCUUACACUGAUCCCAACCUAUCAGAUCUACUCAAUGUGAUUUUGUCACAAACGAAUCAUAUCUCCCAAGUGAUUUUUUCGGAUUACAAAGAACAAAACCCGAUAACUUUUAAAUUUGCACACGAAGAGACAUCAAUCAACAGAUAUUUAUUCAUGAGAUGUUGUGGGCAACUUGCUAUUGACUUCAUUAACGCAUCAGUUGACUUUGUUACUCCUAUUCAAGAAUUAGCACUUUCUGUUUGUACUUUGAGAGCUCAAGAGUUCGGAGAUAUCAUUACCUACAUGUCAUUAUCACCACCAGCUACGAAAUUAAAGAAACUUUACAUGCAUAGGGUGCAAAUGAAACCAUUUCCUUUUGAUGACAUAACUAGGUUAAUGAAUUUCGCUUUAAACCUCGAGACUGUCGUAUUUAGAGGCUUGGAGAUCGAUGCAACCUUGUUAUUAAGGACUUUAUGCGAUAAAAAUUAUUCUCAUCUGAAAACUAUCACUUUGAGAGCAAUGGUGUUCAAAACAAACAUCUCUGAUGACUUGGAUAUGCCAAAUACACUAUUGUAUUUCAAUGUUUCCCAAUGUAGUUUCACACAAGAAAUUUUCUUGUCACUUUUACAGUUUUUGACUCGGAAAUGGCAUCGAAGAAGCAUUGUUUUCGCAGCACAAGGCCUUGUCAUGAAGGAUGAUGUCUUUAACGCUUUCAAUUUGCUUGAAUUUGAUAAAAUUUAUCCAAAUUUGUGCGAAAUCGACUUAACAGGCAAUUGUUUCUCAUCAAAUGCGUAUAACUCGUUCUUUGCCUUCGUUAAUACCCAAAAGCGAUUACAUUGCUUAAUUUUGAAUGACAUUUUAACCGAUAACUGUCAAAUUUUUCUUUCUUUUUUGGCCAAAUUGAUUUUUGAGUUAAAAAUCAAAGGAAUCGAACUCAGUGGGAAUUUUAAUGAUGCCAUCCUGUCGCACUUCAUCAUCUCACUCUGUGGAGCCUCUUGGAUCAGCCACUUGAGAUUGGAAGCUAAGGAACAAUGCGAAAAUUCAAUUCCAGCUCUAAUUUCCCUUCUUGAAAAAGUGACACAACUCUCUGAAUUUUUUGUUGAUUGUUUUCAUCCGAGAACUCCUUAUUAUUUCUUAGAGUUAUGGAAGGAAGUAGCUAACUCUAAGUCGAUACUUGCUACCAAUCUUCCUCUCAGUGACAUGGAAGAGCUCCACAUCUUUGGAACUGAAAAUAAUUUAGAUUUUCUUGAAAACCUCAAAAUUAAGAGGAAAAUAAGUGAUAUAUCGAGAAGAGUAUCAUUGCUUCAGUUAGUUCCUUAUUCUGAUUAUUCUGAUUUGAAAUUCACUGAUGAAAAUUUUGAUUCAAUUGUAAACAAACUCAGGAAUGAAACAAUAUUCGAAAAGAUUGCUUCAUUGACAUCUAAAGAGUUGAAUGAUGAAGAUAAAAUUGAUCAAUUCGUUGACAAAGAUUAA